AAAGCAUCCAAAGCGUCAACAGCAGCAACCGACCUCUGCUGUCAACACAUCAGCUCCACGACAACCACAUCCACAUACAUUGUCGAUUACGCACGAUUUGCCCAACCGAAACCAGAAACAACAAGCGGCGAGCAGUUAAUUGAGAAGCCACCACGAUGGCGGGCCUUUUCGGAUCGCAGCAGACGGCGGCGAGCAACACGCUCGGCGACCUGAAGCAGGACGUUGAGCUCGGGAGCCCGCCCGAAGACAGUAUCUCGGCCCUUGCUUUCAACCCAAAUCCGAACGACCAAAAGGACUUGCUGGCCGUGGCAAGCUGGGACAAGAAAGUUCGCAUCUACGAAAUCAUGAGCAACGGUCAAGGCCAAGGGAAGGCCCAGAUAGAGCACGACGGCCCGGUCUUCUCGGUUGACUUCUUCAAGGACGGCCAAAAAGUCAUCUCGGCCGGCGCCGACAAGCAGGCCAAGGUCCUCGACCUGGCCACCGGACAGACGGCACAGAUAGCCCAGCACGACCAGCCGAUCCGCUGCGUGCGGUAUUUCGAGGCCAACGGCACACCGAUGGCAGUCACUGGUUCGUGGGACAAGACGGUCAAAUACUGGGACUUCCGGAGCCCACAGCCCGCCGGGUCCGUCACUUGCCAGGAGCGCGUCUACACGAUGGACGUACGACAGAAUCUUCUGGUCGUCGGCACCGCCGAUCGGUACAUCAACGUGAUCAACCUUGGGGAGCCGGCGAAAUUCUACAAGACACUGCAGAGUCCGCUCAAGUGGCAGACACGCGUCGUCAGCUGCUUCACCGACUCACAAGGCUUCGCCAUUGGUAGUAUCGAGGGCCGUUGCGCGAUUCAAUACGUCGAGGACAAGGAUUCCGGCCUCAACUUCUCGUUCAAGUGUCACCGCGACCCGCCGCAGGGCAGCGUGACCAACGUGUACGCGGUCAACGACAUCUCGUUCCACCCGCAGCACGGCACGUUCAGCACGGCGGGCAGCGACGGCACGUUCCACUUCUGGGACAAGGACGCCAAGCACCGGCUCAAGGGGUACCCGCAGGUCGGGGGCAGCAUCACGGCGACCAAGUUCAACAAGACGGGCAACAUCUUCGCCUACGCCAUCAGCUACGACUGGUCCAAGGGCUACCAGGGCAACACGAGCAACUACCCCAACAAGGUCAUGCUGCACCCCGUCCUGCCGGACGAGUGCAAGCCCCGCCCCAGCGUCAAGAAGAGGUAGAGCCCGUCGACGACGCCGCCCCGGGGCCAGCGAGGAUGGUUGUUCGCGCCGGAGGGGCCCGCGGAGCCCGCGGAGAGCGACAUGGUGCCGAGUAGUACGGAGUACGAUGUAGCGGCGGCUCACAUGAGCAUGGCGCGAAGGGGUAAGUUUAAGUCGGUAAAGUCGCGCAGGGUGUGAAGUUGAGGACCAGGGAGGGAGUGAAAGAUACCAAUGGAGAUAACUAGUACACUUGAAUUGCUGAGAGAGUCGGUGGGUGGUGGUUAAUGAGGUGAGUACGUGGGCAGGCGCAGGGUCGAAUUUCACAAUGGCGAGGAAAAGGGGCUUCCAAGACACCCAGGCUAGAUAGGUAGGCAGACA